GCACGGCGCUGUCUUUUCGGGCUUUAGUACGCAUUUAGCUCCUAUCUAGAGUGAUAUGUUGUGUUACGUCAUUAUAAAGAAAAACGCAUUUUGGUUUCGCUUUCAAAAGUAACUUUUUUCGGCGAUUUUCGAACAUUUUUCGGCUAACGACUUUAACUUUUUUUAUUGUUAAAUCUACUUUUAAUUUCCUUUCAAACUUGUUUUCGAAUUAAUUAUUUGCAGACAAAAAAAAUUAUCAUUAUUCUAUAUUAUUUCGCUGUCCCAUUUUUUUUUGUUUAUCUAUAAUUGGUAUAUGCGGAGGUAAAAAGAUACAUCUAAGACUGAUUAAUUUUAAGUGCUGCUAGUGUGAUUUGUUACUGUUGUGGAUAUUUUUUGAGGAAUAUUCUACUGAUCGGUCGAUAUGGAGAAAUUUCAAGAACCGGAUGAUGAUCAUGAUCAAGUUUUCGAAGCCGAGGAACCGGAACCGAGCCAAACAUCAAAAGUGAUAAUAUCAAAUUUGGGUCCACAUGUGAGAUUUGAGGACAUCGAACAUCUCCUCAACGAACAUGGACGUGUUAUUUCCUGUGACAAAUUGACAUCGAAAGACCCAAACACACAAACCGUCGCCGUCACAUAUGACACAACUGAGCAAGCUCAACAGGCAGUAAAUAAGCUAAAUGGUGUCGAAGUAGAAGGUAAGACUUUAAAGGUCGAACUGGCUGUGGAAAAAAGAGGAAAACGAAAUCCUAGGGGUCCAGGCGGUCCGUUUGGAGGUUUACCUGGACAAAGCAGACAAACUGAUUUUCCUUUGAGGAUACUUGUACAAAGUGAUAUGGUAGGAGCUAUUAUUGGUAGGCAGGGUUCAACGAUAAGACAAAUAACACAACAAACCAGGGCACGAGUGGACGUUCACAGGAAGGAUAACGUUGGUUCUUUAGAAAAAGCCAUUACUAUUUAUGGAAAUCCAGAAAAUUGUACUAACGCAUGUAAGAGAAUUCUGGAAGUUAUGCAACAAGAAGCAAAUAACACAAAUAAAGGCGAAAUUUCUUUGAAAAUAUUAGCCCACAAUAACCUUAUAGGAAGGAUAAUCGGAAAGGGCGGUAAUACUAUAAAAAGAAUAAUGCAGGACACUGAUACUAAGAUUACCGUUUCUAGUAUAAACGACAUCAAUUCUUUCAAUCUGGAACGUAUUAUUACUGUUAAAGGAUCAAUUGAAAAUAUGAGUAGAGCCGAAUCCCAAAUUAGUUCUAAAUUAAGACAAAGCUAUGAAAACGACCUUCAAGCUAUGGCACCCCAGACGAUGAUGUUUCCUGGAUUACAUCCAAUGGCGAUGAUGGCUACUGCAGGAAUUGGCUAUGGUUCAAGAGGGCUUUACACAGGUCAGGCUCCUUAUCCUGGUAUGUACCCCGCAGGAACGCAAUCCGGUGGUGAUACCCAAGAAACUACUUAUUUGUACAUCCCUAAUAAUGCCGUCGGGGCCAUCAUCGGUACCAAGGGAUCUCAUAUUAGAAACAUCAUUAGAUUCUCUGGUGCGUCAGUUAAAAUCGCGCCUAUUGAUGAAACCAAACCGCAAGAAACACAAAAUGAAAGAAGAGUCACCAUCGUUGGAUCACCAGAAGCGCAGUGGAAAGCUCAAUAUCUGAUUUUCGAAAAAAUGAGAGAAGAAGGAUUUGUAGCUGGAUCCGAUGAUGUGCGAUUGACUGUAGAAAUUAUGGUACCUAGUUCACAAGUUGGUAGAAUUAUUGGUAAAGGAGGUCAAAACGUAAGAGAGCUACAACGUGUCACAGGUAGUGUCAUCAAGCUACCUGAACAAGGAACAUCGCCACAAGAAGAUGAAACUACAGUUCAUAUCAUUGGUCCGUUCUUCAGUGUUCAGUCUGCACAACGUCGUAUUCGGGCAAUGGUUCUUCAGUCGGUCGCCCCUCCCCAAGGCAGACAACGUCAGCCAAAACAAAAAGAUGUCAGUCAGUCGGAAGCUACCUCAUCCGAGCCACAACAGUAGUACUAACUAGAGCAACAUUCAUUCACACUGCCUAUGAGCAUGGGUUUGUUAAUGCAUACCCUAUUUUUACAUGAAACGUAUCUCGAUGCCUUCCACUUAUAUGAUUUUCAAGCGUUGAUCUGGUCGCUCAACUUCGUAUAUAAAUUAAAACAUAAGUAUAGGCGUCGGAGAAGUUCCCAGUUGUGCUACGCGUUGAGUUUAUCUAAUUAAUCAUCAUUUUUUUUGUUUCUCUAUAGUUUUUUUACUAGUUUGAUUAGUUAUAUAUGAAUAUGAUUUAGUUGUCAUAUUUACCAAAGUGGAAAGUUUGGAGAACUCUCCUAAAAUAAGGUAUGCGUCGAACUACGUGCCUAUUAAACUACAAUCUACCUCAAAUAAUCAAAAUAUAUUAGAUUUUAUAACCACAGAAAUUUCCGUUAUUUACACACAAUAACCCAUACACAGCAUAUUAUAUUUUACACACUUCAAAUCUCGAGAACAGUCUGUGAACUCAGACUUUUACUUUCCAGUUAACGUAUAGAUCGUUUAUUUUAACUAUUGCUAUUACCUAAAAUGAAACGAUUUGAGUAUAAUUGCAGGUGACGUCCACAGACUGUUUUUUUUUUCUUAUUAAAAUAUGGAUGUUUACCAAAGAUAAACCAUGCAGGACAUGACUCGAUGAGGCAUUUGGGUCGUGUCCAAACCUCAAUCCCGAUGUUCGACGACCAAUCAGUUACAGUUGGAAAAAAAAUCUGAAAGAACCUGCACUACAUUAAAGAAGAAAAAUGUACGAAAUAUGUACAGUGUUCCUUCAGAGAUGAGAAUGUGACUGUAAUUUUGAUUUUUUACAGUAAUUUGAGUGUGAAUGUGGAAAAAAGAGCUUUAAAUAACUUUUGUUUAGUUGAAACGGUGUAUUUUGUGAUUAAGGAAAUUGAGAAAGUGUCAGAUUCAGCAUUAAAAAUCUUUUUAUAAAAUAUAAUAAAAAAAUUUCAGUUAUUAUGGAUAUUGUAUUGAAAAAAAUGGAUCUUGACAUAUUUUUAUACGAGUUUACCAAUUUUGAAGUUAAUUAGAAUAUUUCAAGCUCAAUUCCAUUAUAGGCACUCAAAAUCCGGAAGAUCUUCCAAAAAUUACGGCUCCGAGUUCAAUAUUUACCAAUUCCUGGAACUCUCCCAAAGUGAGGGGAAAUUAGUACUACCAUACAUCAAUGACGGUAUGUCAAGGCGCGUCGCGCUUGCUUAUAAUUUUCCCAAAUUCCGAAAAAACAAAUUUUUCAACCCACUUCCUAAUUUUUUCCCCACGAAUCCUCCCGACUUUCGUCCACGGGAUUAUGGAGAUUUUUUUAUCUUCAAAACAUACUUUCCCUUUCACUGUGUUCGGUAAAAAAGUUGCACAUCCUUAAGUGUGGCUUCACCUAGACCUCGCAAGACGGGGGCAAUCGCAAAAAAUCGCAUAUUUUUGGAAUGAGAAAAAUCAGAUCUCCAACACUGGCGUGUAUAAUCAAAAUAGGAAAGAAAAUUUUGAGUAAUUUAAUUUUCAAUUUUUCGCUGUAAAUUUUUGGUUCAUGGAUCUCAUACACUAUCAGAUCAGAUUCAAUUCAUAAAAAAGUGGAUUUCAGUUGCUUUCAGUAACUUUCGUGGGUGGGAGAGGGUGGUAAUGUAAUAUAUUUUUUCCUGGCAGUGUUCAUUCUUAGGGUUUUUUGGAGUCUUAGUCCAAGCUCUGACUCAUUUUGGGCAAUCAAAAUCGAUUAUUAGAGGUGGGUUGGGGAUAAGUUGUGGGUACUAAAUUUUUUCUCUAUCCAUCCAUAUAGAUAUUUGUAUCGGCAAACGUCUCUAAAAAAUAGCUCUUGUUCGUUAUUGAUAAACUAAAUUGAAUUCAAAUAAAAAAUUAUUUGUGAAACCAUACGUUUGGUUAUGAUCUAAAUAAAUAAUCUCAAUUUCCUUGAUCGAUAUUUAAAUAGUAAAGUGACAUCUAGCAGCAAGAAUAAAUAACAAACUAAAAAAUAGACGAACAAUGUACCGUGUGUGAAUGUGUUUGUAAGAAAAGACAUUUUUUAACUAUUAUAAUAUUAUUGUUAGGCGAUUUGUUGAAAUAAUGUUGUUUUUGCGCGAGAUAUCGCUAGACGGUCCCUUAUAUAAUAUAUUAUUUGUUGGUGUUGUGGGACCGUUUCUGAGUUAUUUGAGCGUUUAAAACGGUAGUGAUUGUUUUUCGGGAGAAGAUUAAAAAAUGUAUUAUAACCUAAGACGUGUAGGACGAGUGAACAAGAGAAAGAUUCUCGACAUGCCUUGUGUCAAGGCGAAGUAGUGUCACUUGUCCCUGAUAGUACAAACUCGGGAAGUAUAUAAGGUGUUAGUAAAUAACGCCGUGUCUGAUGCAACUUAAUUCGGUUACUUCUAUUGCUAGAUUACAGAAAAAUUCAUUUCACAUUGUGAUUGUCAUUCCAACUUGUAAACCUGUAAGUUCUUUGUCUAAGCAUUAAGCAGUUUAGUUUAAAAUUUGUUUAGAAACACCCGGUGAUGAUUCCGAAUGUUUAACAGAUUUUAUCAUUUGUUGUCUUCUCUAAAUCGGAACCGUCUUUUGUGCCAAACUUUUUACAGUUAUAUGUACGAGUUUUAAUAACAAACAUUGUCAUUAAAUUAUCACUACCGAAUAUAAUCACGCCAGGUAGUGAACUUUGGUAAAGUAGUAGUAAAUAUUAUGUUUAGUAUGAAUAUUAUCAAUUCACCUUUUUCGAUUUUCGCAUUUUACCAUAUAAACAGUGACGAAAAAACACCACAAUACCUGACAAUAAACUGUUCCGAUUUUUAUUGCACUAAAAAAUUUAACUGAAUAAUUACAAUUCUCAGUAAUCUGUUGCAUCUGAAUUUGGUGGUCUAGCAUUAAGGACAAAAUGAAGUAACCAAUUGAUACAUCAGGAAAUGUAAAAUAACUAUUUUUGAUAAAUAUUGUUUGUUGGGGAGGAUAUUUUUUUUGUUAGAUUUUUAAAAAAUUUAAAAUGUAGCGGGGUCGCUAUUUUAAAUAUAAAUUGAAUAAAAUUGUGAAAAAAUGGAUAUAAAUUAUUUUAUUGAGAAUAUUAAUAUAUUUAUUACUUUUGUGUAAAAAAUAGAAGAGAAAAAAAACUAAAUCGUUUGUACAGAUUUUAUUAAAAAAAGUGUGCCAAAGUGCAAGAAAUGUUACCAAGAGAGCUUGCUUUAUUUAUGAAGAAAAUAUGUUAAGUAUUAAAAGGGUACAUAUAUUUAUUUUCGGAUAAGAGAAAGAUAAGUAAACAUGAGAUGCUCCCCAUACAGUAACUUGCAUAACGGAAAGAUAUCACACACUUAGAAGCGGUAAUAUAGAAAGUACCAAAUAAAAAAGUUUUUUAAUCUUUAAUAAUAAGAAAUGAAGAUCAAUCGAUGUACAAACCAAAAUGUUUCGAGUAUAAAGUAUAUAAAUAGAAGAUCCUACUGAGAUGUCUACAUGUCUUAACAAAAUCAAAUUUAUAAUUUAAUUUGUAUCAAAAUAUUUGCUACAUCAAUGGAAAUAUUUUCAAAUACAGUUAAUUUAUAAUUGUUUAAUGUGUAUAAGUGUAGCUACAUUGUACAAUAACAAAUUCACGCAAUCCAUUUUUCACAUAGAGUAAUCUUAACAUCUAUCUGUCUAUAGAAAAAAAUCUAACGGUUAGUCAAAACUGUGUACUUCAAGUAAUCCAAAAAUCCAAAAAAAAAAUACAACUCUUUAUACUUUAUCCUUAAACUUGAAAUUUCCCUAGUUGAAGUUCAAUCCAUUUUGGCUUUUGAUAUUUUUUAUUGCUCGAAGUAGAAAAAUAUGUUGAAUUUCCCAACUUUCAUCCAAAAUAUGACAGUUAUGACAUUUACCAUUCCAUUCAGCACUUCCAAGGAACACAUUUUAAUGGAAACUGGAGUUUAUCCAAACCACCCCACAUUAUAGCCGUUGAUUUGGUCCAGUUUUUGAAUAUAAUUUUGAUUGAAAUUGUAAUUAAUAAUUGCUGUUGAAAUUAUAAGUUACAUUCUAACAAAAUCAAGUCCAAAAUAUUUAAUAUAUAUAGAAAUUUCUUAAUUGGUUCUUGUGUUUAUUAAAUUUGACAAUUAUUUUUAUCAUUAAUUUUUGUUCCUUUUUGGAUGUUUCGGAUUAAUACUUCAUCCCCAAAAAACAAAAGACAAUUUGCUACUUUACAGUUAAUCUGAACACUCACUCCGUAAAUAAUUAACAAUUUAAUAAAAAUAAAAUUCAUAUACAAUAUAAUUUUUAAGAAGAAUAUAGAUAUGGUGUUGAAUUUUAUUUUUAAAAAAUUGACAGCUAUCAUUGAAUGUAAUAUUGAAAUAUUUCAAUAAUCUUCUCAUUCUGCCUUCAACAGAAAAGUCGAUAAAUAUCCUUUUAGAGUGAAGAUAUUAUCUAAUUUGCUGUAUAGUACAGGUUUUGAUCAAAGUAGAACACUUUUAAAGCCAGAUCUAAACCAAUCUUUUAUUAUGAUAAAACUGAUUACCCCAAUGCUUGUGUUAAGAUGCUGUAUAUUCCUAUUCUAUUAGUACUUAUUUCUAACAAUCUUUUCCCAAUCUGGUUUUAGGGGUAUUCUUUUUCUGAUUGUCCUGUAUGCUUACAAUCUGAUAUCUAACACAUCAAAAGUCAACCUAAAUAAGUUGAUUCAUAUACACAAAAAAAUGAGAAAAAUAAUAUAGUUAGUCACUGAAAUGAAUAUAACCACUGACUGACAAUCCAAUACAUAUUCAGAGUUACGGUAUUUUCAUAGUGCCUAACUUGGAAUCCUAUUAAAACGAUUGAAUUUGAUUUUACUUAUAGUUGUUUAAUGACAAAAGUUUGACCUCUAUGUUAAUGUGCACUUACUCUUAUGUGCUUAUAUUAAUUUUGAAGAUGUUUAAAUAUUUCAUCAUCCUCUCCAUGAGGCAACCUUUUGUUUCUUUGUUUAAAUUUAGUAUUCAAUCAACUUCUAUUUGAAGAGACUAAUCAGUCAAAUUCAAUCAUCGAAUAGGAAACAAAAGUUAAUCUAUAGUUAUAGUUUUUCUUGGAGUUAUGCAUUUUUCAUAAUAUUACUUUGUUUUUAUUUUUUUUUUCUUGUAGAUUUCUGAUAUCCGUAAAAGCUACUUUUACAGUGUAUCUCAAAAUGGACCUAAACGCAUUUAUUUCUAUUGUUGUAAGAGAAAGACGUUUUUUUACCGGGUCGCCAUCAAAACUAUCUGACUCUUAAAAUAACCGAUAUAGCAGUACGUUUAGCACUAAUUUGGAAUGCUCUGUAUUUAUAUUUACACAACGCUGGGAAGGUAACUCCUUGUAUUAGUGUAUUUUGAGUCUCACAAAAGAAAGAUGCAGGCCCGUUUUCAUUUGUCUCGAUUAUUUCUGUUUCUAAAAAAUUUAUACAUUUUUCAGUGUUUAUUCAAUAAUGGUCAGUAUUGUUUGGUUUUCAAAUACAGGAGUAACAGUCCCAUUAUAAAAAUCAAACUUCAUAGUAUAUAGUGCAUAUUAUAUAAUAAUCAGGUAUUUUUUUUACUAAAAGGGAGUAACUCUGUCGAGGACGUUUGGAUCUAAAUUUUCGAAAAAAUCAUGUAAAAUUGGAUGUAUUUCGUGGAUUUCUGUACCUGUAAAUUUGUCUUGUAGAUGUGUCACUUUUUUUCAGUAAAAAACGUUUCGGCAAGAGGUUAUCUUCCUUGUACAGAAUGAUUUAUAUCAAAUCCUGUGGAUUCUCAUUGAAAAAUAUAAGGUAAUCGAAAAAUUAAUAAGAAUUCAAUAUAUAUAUAUAUAUAUAUAUAUAUAUAUAUAUAUAUAUAUAUAUAUAUAUAUAUGUAUAUGUAUAUGUAUAUGUUGUGGCUAGUUACAAAACAAAAUGUUUGUACAAUCUUCGAAAUCGAUCGGGGUCACUUGAUGUAAAUCACUUUGUAUCUAUAUUUUUUAUUACAACACUAUAGUUUAUAGUACAUGUUACACUUUGCUAGACGGAGACUGAUGUGCAAACCAGCCCGCUGUAGAAUUAGUACCUUAGUUCUGGAUACAUUUUCAUUCAUUUUACAUAUUCCAAAUCAAUUAUGCACAAUAGUUCAUACAAUAUUUAGAACCAUACUAAAUUCGCAUGCAUGCGUACGUAUCGUAUUUCCAAGAACUAUGACGAAUUAAUAAGAGCAAACAGUUGAAAUACUCUGACCAGCUAUUUAUUAUUAAUGUAAUUUUUAACAUAAAUUUUUUGUAAAGUAUUUAUCCAAUCUUAACAUUUUCAUUAAAUUCCGAGGAGUUUUUCACAAAAUAUCAUUAAAAAAAGAAUAUUUUUUCCAUGAGUAUCUAGUUAGUUGUAACAAGAACUUUAAUUUCUUAUCGUUUUAUUUUUUGUUUUAUCAUUACUUUUAUUAACCCUUUUGGCACUAUACAUAUUUCACCAAUAUGCUAAAAAUGCCAGUAAAAAAGUGCGUUUUUAUAUAUAAUUUAUAUGAACGAGAGAAAUUCACCAUUUUAGUUACAAUAUUCAUAAUUUUUGCAAUAUUCUCUUCAGAAGAUUUUAUACUAUGAUAAUAAAAACACAGAUAUUGAUUACUACAUAUUUAUUGACCAGAAAAUUAUAGAAAGUAUAUGCAAACAUCGUGCAGUCCUUUUUACACAUGGAGCAAAUCAAGUUUGAUUUUUUCACAGCAUUUCUCUUCUUACUGCUGCAUACCACACAUCGUCGUAAAUUUCGUCCUGACAAUUCUUUCAAUCCAAAAGUCGGUUUCGGUGAAGUAUGUGAUUUUUUCCCUGCAACCAUUUUUUCGAUAGUGCACUUAUAACACUGGAAGUAAAUUCCAAUUUGGCCAUUUACUUAUUAUUGGAAUUAUGCUGAUAAAUGAUAUGAGUUCUUCUUUCAUAUAAGUACGAGUAAACAAAGCAUUUUAUCACAUUCAUCUACACCACCUAUGAAUUGAUUGUAGGCAUGUAUCAUAGCUGGCUUGAUUUUUUCUGCUCCAUAAUUUCCACGUUUCUUUUUUACUGUUACAUUUCCAAUAUUGCUAUCAGUGGAAACUAGGAUGACUGGAUUUUUUUGGACUCUAUACUGGUAUAGAAAUUGUUAGUAAAUAGAUGGUAUCCUUUGUUUAAAUAUUUUUCCAAACUUAGGAGUUUUUCCACCACUACAGAAUCAUCAUACUUAUCUUUCUUAGAUUUUAUGGUGUCUCUUAUUUGGCAAAUAUUGUUUGAUGGUUGUUUGGCAUUUUGUUCCAACCAGAGAUUCAUCUGUACUUAGCUGUUUAUUGGUCACAUAAUGCUGACGAAAAACUGUGUUGUCAUGUUCAAUCGAAAAGUCAAAUCUGGUACAUGGGUUGUAUUCGAGAGGUUCCAGUGAUGCUAGUCUCAUUGUUAACUAAAUGGAAAAUUUUUGUAAUUGAAAUCUGUUCCUGUAAGAAGAAAUAGUAGGUCCUCUGGUGAUACUGAUUUCCGGGAUUACUGCCAUAAAUGCUUCCAUCUCUGGUAUUGUGCAAGGCGUCCAAUAUUUCGUUUCGAAUUUGGAUGAAAAUUGCAAAGCAUACCGAUUAGUUUCUAUAACCAUUUUGUUGCACAAAAAAUAAAUUGAAAUAACAAUAAAUUUAUAUCCAACCGAAUUUUAAAAUGUUUAUGAGAGCUCAUCUUUUCUAUUUCAGCGAUGGAUCAAAUAUUCAUUAAUACAAUGUAAAUAGAGACUUUACAACAAGGUUAUGUUUGAAAUUGUAGUCAUACAUACAUUCAGUUGGUCUUUGACUAGUUGAAGUACGUUGUAGUUUGUCACAUUAAGAUCGUACCAAAGUGCAGCUUAUUUACUUUUAAUAUUUUUCGAGAAUUUCCUAAUUCAUUCAACAUUUCCUUAAUCAUCCAAUCUAAGGUAAUCAUUAAAAAUAAUAAAAAAAGGAUGUAAACUACCUCAGUAAUUAUAUAUUUGUUGUUCAUGUUUUAACUUGGGUAUCAAUAUAAGUUUAUAUUUUACUUAUGGUGAAUACUAUUUGUAUACAACACAGUUCAUAAUAUAUAUAUAUAGAAAUAGAUAUGAGUUUUGUGUCAGUGUGCCAUUGCUUUUUAAAGAUUGAUGGUGCAAAAUUUCUGCAUAUGCGAAAAAUAGUAAUCGUUGUGAAAUUUUGUUACUAUUAUGAUACCAUUCUCUAUACAGGACAUUUCAGUGUCAAAAUCAAAAACCCUGUAUAUGUACGGGUAUUUGAGUUUUGUCCAUCAACCUGUAUAUUGUUAUUACUUCUACUGUUGUUUUUGGUGCUAACCAUAUACUAUAUUCCUGAAGGUGCUUGGUAACGAUUUUUGUUACCGUUAUUGUUAGGCCUUUAACAUUAGUAGGAACGUCUGUGGAUUAUUGAUACUGCAGCCAGUAGAAUUGCUGUUUUAACAUUUUUUUAUAGAAGAAUUUAAGAUAAUUUUCUCAGGUAAAACAGCUCAGGUAAUUUAUUUGAAUUGGCUUUUGGUAACAUUACAAUUUGUAAAUAUUAUGCCAAUAGUUUGUUUCUGUUACAAUGUCCUGUAGAUUAUGGCAUAAUUAUAAAUUAAGCAAACAGUUGUCAUGUGUUCUAUAUAAAUGUCAAUAAUUUUCCAAAUAUUCAAAAAAACUUCGGUAUGGCAUACUUGAAUCCAAAAUAAAUUUACACAAUACACUGUCCAAUAUUUCAGUUAAAUAAAUAGUGUUCCCUUGAAAA